AUGAAGAAACACAACAGAACACAAGAAACUUGUUCCAAAAGAAACUGUCAUGCUAGAUACCAGGUCCGCAGGCUUCUUAACAGCUGGCCAGCUGGAUCAUUUGGUGUUUCAGUCAAUUACUUCCUCUGGUCCUUCCGCUGCAGUGCCCAUGCUGAACCUCUUCCUUAUCAAUUACAGGAUGAAGGAAAAUGCUCGCCUCUAGAGGUAAUAAAAUUAGAAGGUGCAGAAGUUGGCAUUGAUAGCAGCUUGGGAAAACCAUUUGUGUUUAACUGUGUGCCUCAGUCUGGAAAUAGAACUUUUUGCCUCUGUGCAACUUCAAACCAAGAAUUCAAAAGGUGGCUGGAAGCAAUGGACAAAGCAGCCCACCCCGUCCACCAGAACCAUGUCUGGGAAGAUGUUACCCUGCACAACAGUAGCCUCCCACCCCUGGCUAUCAAGAACCCAGAGUGCCUGGGCCUUCUGCACCAGCUGGACGGAAGCACAGAUGUGUGGACGCAGUACUACUGCAUUCUGAAGGAUGGCUGCUUGUACUUCUAUGCCAGCAUUCGCUCCACCCAGGCCUCAGGUGGCCUUUAUCUACAGGGAUACAGGGUGAAUGAGCAGACCCUUAGUGUCAAGCAAUCAGUAAUUGAACUCAAGCCUCCAUCAGAAGAAUUUAAGACUUUCUAUUUCUGUGCAGAAAAUAAGACAGAAAAUCAACGCUGGAUUACAGCUCUGAAAAUGUCCAUCAAAAAAUGGCUUCCUUUGCACCAGGCUAUUCAAGACUUCAUGAACCGACCUCUAGAGGAGACCAGAAUGUGACUGAAAUCCUAAUCUUAAGAGAAAGGAUUCACAGAAUCACCACUAGCCAGUUACAAAAAGAAAUAAAAACAUUUAUC